AUGACCACCAGCUCAACGGCCAAGAAUGUGCCCGUCUAUCAGCCUCGGAACUACCAGCUGGAGAUGUUUGAGGCGAGCAUGAAGGAGAACAUUAUUGUUGCAAUGGAUACAGGAAGUGGAAAAACUAACAUAGCUCUGCUGCGAAUCAAAGGAGAGCUAGAGAGUGGCAGUCCAGGAAAGCUUAUCUGGUUCCUUGCGCCCACGGUCGCAUUGUGUGGUCAACAGCACAAAGUCAUCACCGACAAUAUUCCAGCCGUUCGUACAAGAACGCUGACCGGUGCAGACAAAGUGGAACUCUGGACUGACCAAACCAUAUGGGAUGGAGUAUUGAAGGGCAUGCAGGUUGUGGUCUCGACCUUUGCGGUCCUGGCAGAUGCGAUGACCCACGGCUUUGUGAGGAUCUCUCAACUGGGCCUGAUUAUAUUCGACGAAGCCCACCAUUGUAUGCGUCGUCACCCCGCAAACAAGAUUAUGCAGGAGUUCUAUCAUCCCACUCUGGCUAGAUUAGGCCGGGGUGCUGUCCCUCGGAUUAUGGGACUCACGGCUAGUCCGGUGGUCAGAUCGAAUCAAAUAGAUUUACGGUGGGUGCAAAUGUCUCGAUUGUGUAUUUGGUAUCGGCACUGA